AUGACUCACGUUGAGAUCCAGUACCGGUUCUUCAUGUACAGUAGCACCGAGCCAGAUACUCGUCGUUUAGUGGUGCGUCUGGGCACAUUUGAGCACGUUGUGAGCCCGAGCCGACCUGAAGAGCAAGAAGUCGACUACUAG